AUGCCCGGUGCAAGCGUAGCAGUCCUCCCGCCCCCCGCGGCCUCGACAGCGUCCUCGCGAAAGGCCUCGCUGGCACCCGAGCGCAAAUACAAGUGCCAGUUCUGCAACCGGGCCUUUAGCAGGAGCGAGCACCGCAGUCGCCAUGAACGAUCACAUACCAAGGAGCGUCCUUUUAAGUGCAUGAAGUGCCGAAGUACCUUUGUUCGUCGCGACCUUCUUCUGAGACACGACCGUACUGUCCACGCCAAGGAUGGCGGCAUUCCCCUUCACAGCGAUGGCAAACGCCGAGCCGGCCCCAAGACUCGAGCUAUCGGCACACCAGCAAAGUCAUCCAUCGCCAUCGACAGUUCGACGCUAGAGCAGAUGGAAUCCGGCGCCGACAGCAUCUUUGAUGUAGAGGCCGCCGCCAUGCUCGUGGCAGACCUACACCACAAGGCCACUGCCGCGAUGCGCGAAGAUCAUUCCUACGAGGAUAGCCCGUCCAUGGCAUACUCCCCACACAGCUCCUCAGUCAUGGAGUCCACAGUGACAUACCCAUCUGGCGCCAUCGCAUUGCCCCAGGUUCAGUGGGACGGCUUCAUGUCCCAAUCAGUGACCGAGCCCAAGGCGCACUCUAUCACUUCGAGCACUUCUGGAUCCUUCGAAUCUCAGCAAUCUUUCGCCAGCGGAACCACCUUGCAACCUAACUCCAACCAGCUUCCUCCCAUCGGCGGACAGAACUGCAACGGCCUUGUGCCAGCACUUCAGUCAAUGAUCAACUCAUUACCAAACUCUGCCGCGGGCCCUCCUUCUCCCUGGGUCUCAGAGUCAUCAAAGUCCGGUUACAAGGCACCCGAAGUGAUGGGGGAUGACGAACGGAACGCAAUUUUGGACCACAUUCGCAGCGCUGACAGCGAGCACGCCAUUCCCGAAGGUUUCCGUCUUCCUGGCCUGGGCUCCUUGAACCGUUAUCUGUCGACUUAUUUCGGUCUCUUCCAUCACCACCUGCCAUUCCUACACCCCGCUUCUUUCCACCCUACCAAGGUCUCUCCACCAUUGUUAUUGGCAGUCCUCAGCAUCGGCGCCCUCUACGCCUUUGACCAAGAGCAGGCUUACAUGCUACACAUCGGCUCCAAGGUUCUUGUUAACCAGUUCCUUCAGAGUAAGGAGAACUUCAGCUCUCGCAAGUGCCCUCUGUGGACCAUGCAGAGCAAUCUCUUGAAUAUGGUGUUCGCCAGCUGGAGUGGUGACCCCAAGGGUCUUGAAUGGACGUGCUCAAUUAAGAGUCUCCUUGCCAACAUGGUCGCUGGCAACAGGUAUGAGCUCAAGCUUCGUCAGGAAGCUCGCGGUACAGCCAAGCCAACGCGCGCUGAGUGGGUUGAGGACGAGGGUUGCCGUCGUACAUACUACGCCGUCUACAUCUUCUUUGGUCUGCUAACUCUGACCUACAACCACACCCCAGCUAUCAGCUUCAGCGAGUUCGAGGACCUUCAACUUCCCUCUACUGAGACGCUGUGGAACUUGCAAGUUUCAGACGAGGCGACAUGGCAAGAACACCUCAAGGCGUCGACUACUGUGACCUUUAUGGAGGCACACGACAACCUCUUCCAGGGCGAGACUCUCCGAUACAGCACAUUCGGAACACGCGUCAUGAUCAAUGCUCUCUUCCUCGAGGUUUGGUACCACAAGCGCAGCCCCGAGGCCCUUCAAGACGUGGUUACCGAGUACAAGCUGCGACUCGCAUUGGAGACUUGGGAGAAGUCUGUCGACAAUUGCGAACCCGAGGCCUUCCCGGUUCCCAUCAGCGCCCCCCACAAGGGCCAUCCCUUGAUCUUCAACGCUAGGGCCAUGUACCGCAACGCCCGCGCCCGUCUCGAAGUUGACCUGAAGGCGGUGCAAGAAGCACUGCGUUACCAUGACCCCUAUGAGGUUGCUGCAGCCAUGACACACGCUCGGGAUCGCGUGAAGCGUUCGAGUGAGAUGAUCAAGGUCAUCGAGGAGUGCUACAACUGCCUCGAAACAGUCGUCUCCCAAGGAGUUCGAUGGAUCGCGCGUGUAUCGCCGACCAACUGGAGUGUGGAGCACGCGCUCUGCGGGAUGGAUCUGAUGAUCAUCCUGUCGUUGUGGCUGUAUCGCCUGGAACAUGACGAGGAGCCCGCGACCCAGGAGGAACUGGCCAUGUACAACAAGAUUCGUCAGCUCUUGAUCAAGGAGAUUGAUGAGAACUACAUGUCUCAACUGAGUGCAGUUGUGGCACGACUUUGGGGCUCUAUACUUGACGAAGUUGUUGUUUGGGGUAUUACACGACUCAUGGGCGAGUCUUUCAAAUUGCAUUCUCAGGCCCUCGUUGGCUAUGUCGACGACCCUGAAGCUUCCUCGAAUGUCAGCACCCCGUCUAUGACCUCCCAGGGGGCGGACGAGGACAGCGUGUACUAA